GCCGCAGGCCGGGUAGUGCUCCGACCUAGGACUCUGCCCAAUUGAUGCUGACUGAGUGGUUGCCUCCGACCUCUGGGAAGCUGCAGUCUGGGCUGCGCCUCGCAGAACCCUUCCUGGCCACUUCUUCCUGACUUGUGUCCGCCCGGCAGCGGGAGAGUGCGACCACUCUGGACUCCGCCAGCCUGCGUGACCUGAAAAAAUGUCUGGAUUUCUAGAAGGCUUAAGAUGCUCAGAAUGCAUUGAUUGGGGGGAAAAACGCAAUACUAUUGCUUCCAUUGCUGCUGGUGUUCUGUUUUUUACAGGCUGGUGGAUUAUCAUAGAUGCAGCUGUCAUUUACCCCUCUAUGGACGAGUUCAACCAUUCAUACCAUGCCUGUGGUGUUAUAGCAACCAUAGCCUUCCUAAUGAUCAAUGCAGUAUCGAACGGACAAGUCCGGGGUGAUAGUUACAGUGAAGGUUGCAUGGGGCAAACAGGUGCUCGCAUUUGGCUGUUCAUUGGUUUCAUGUUGGCCUUUGGCUCUCUGAUAGCAUCUAUGUGGAUUCUCUUUGGAGGUUAUGUUGCUAAAGAAAAAUCCGUAGUAUACCCUGGAAUUGCCGUAUUUUUCCAAAAUGCCUUCAUCUUUUUUGGAGGACUGGUUUUUAAAUUUGGCCGCACUGAAGACCUAUGGCAGUGAAAGCAUCUGAUUUACUACUACUGUACAGCAGCCCCGCAUGGGUUUGUUUUCAUUUUUGCUACUCACUCCAAUCUUUUGUAAUGCCAUUUCUAAACUUAUUUCUGAGUGUAGUCUCAGCUUAAAUUUAUGUAAAACUGAAAUCAUGUGAACUCCCUAUGUAAACAACAACAAGAUCUAUUGUGGUAUACAUUUGAUUAACUUAUAAAAUGUUAAAGAGAAAUAUUUCACAUGAGUAAUUUUUAUUAGUUUUAUCAUGAUGUAAUUUGUAAAAAUAAAUCACAAAAGAAAUUAUGAAUACAUCUUAUAUUUGUCAUAUCCAAGGUCCAAAACUGCAAUUAAAGUGCUCUGCAAAUAUAAUGUGUUUAUGUAAAUGUGGCCUCUUCUGUGUCAAAUGUUAAGUGAAAUAUAAACAUUUUCGUGGUUUUAAAAACUA